AUGCAUAAAUUUAUAGUAAAAAAAAGAAAACUUGAAGAUGGUGUACCAUUGAAUAGUAGCAUCGAAAAGAAGGAUGAUCAUGUUGCAAGUACAAGUGUUGUAAGUAAAGUGGUGCAGGAAAACAAACAACCUACUCCUAUUUUAGUCCGUAAGUACCUUGAUAACUAUUUGAACUUUGGUUUUACAUUUAAUGGUCCUGAAAACCGUCCUGUACCACAAUGUAUCGUGUGUGGAGAAAAACUCAGCAACGAAUCCAUGGUCCCUAGUAAACUGAAAAGGCAUUUAAGUAGUAAACAUAGCCAUGUGUAG